AGUCGCAGUGGCGAUGGGCAAGCGAUCUCCAAGGAGGGACCGGGCGCGUCACGACCAAGUCAGGGCGGGUGCAGGCAAGGUGCCGGUGCAGAUGAGAUCCAGCAAGCCGUUCGCUCAAACAAGUCCUGAAGUGACAGGGAGAUUGAAAUGGAGACAGCAGAGGCGCCCGGGUCGGUGGCUCUUGGUUGUAAGUAUGGCAGGCGCUGGACUACGAUAUUCACGAACUUGGCGCACAUUCCUCAUCACGGCUUCUGCGCUGGCUGCACGACCACGCGCCGCUUCGCCUUCCCUGCGUCCCCAUCACCCGGCCCGCUCAUAAGCCAUGCACCAGCCCCGCGAGCGAGAGACGCACGACCACCCGCACCCCCCGCCGCCCUUCCUCCAGCCUCCUGCGUGCACAUACACGCGCGACUACCACGAGGAGCCCCACAGCUACUCCAGCACCCCCCUGGCGCCCAGCGACCCUACAGGCCCCGUCGCAGCCAUGCCAGAGCCCUCGCCGAUCGCUGAACACCCCGAGCACACCGACUCGCCUCCUCCCGAUGAGCCACCAGCUCGCCAGGAGCCCACACCAGUCCCUACCAUCCGCCUCCCAAAGCGCGAAAGCACGCUGCCGCCUCUCCCAACCCCGCCCGCCGACUUGACCGUCCCAACAGUCAACCGCGUCGGGUCUGCCCCCGCCACUCCGUACUCAGCCACCCCUCAGCCGAUCCUCGCACCCACCCCCGGCAGACCGCGCGCAGCGAUGCCCGCCUCGUCUACGCCCGUCACAGGCCCAUCGCAGCCACGACAAGGGUCGUCAUCCGACGAAUCGCCGACCGAAGACCACGUCUUCGUCCAGCGCCCUGCCUCUCAGACCCGCCCUCGCCUCGAGUCGCGUCGCAACUUGAGCAGCCUCAGCCACGCACCGCACGCCUCGGACGGGGGCGCACCGAUCACGUACCCUGCGCGCACGCUCAGCUACAAUGAACAUAGGAGACACAGGAGUCUGAGGGCAGAUAGACCGGAGAGGCCGUCGUCGGCGGCCUCAGUGCCCGCGGGCGUGGGCCCGGAUCGGUACUCGGCAGGCUUGUCGCGAGCGUUGACGCUAGACUAUGUCGUUCCUACGGUGGACCCGGAGAAGAAGGGCUCGGAGAUGGGCCUGUCGAACACGUCGGAAGGGGAAAGGACAGUGAAGCAGCGUCUAAUGCGUACCCUCGAACACGCGCAGAAAGAGCGCGAUGCCUCGAAGAGAAAAGCGAUGAUGUCGAGCUACGCAUUGAACAUCUGCAUCGGCAUUCAGAUCAUCCUCGGCGCGAUCACAACCGGUGUAGCCGCCGCCUCCACUACCUCCCGUACCUCCACAUCUGUUGGCAUCCCAAUCCUAGGCGGCCUCUCCACGCUCUCUGCAUCGUACCUCGCGCGCGCGCGCGGCUCGGGUGAGCCCGAACUGAGCAUCGUGCGCCAGCACGACCUCGACCACUUCAUCCGGGACACAGAGGCGUUCUUGCUCGACCGCGGGCACCUCAUCGGCCCGCAGUACGACGCGGAGGUGCAGCGAUACCGCAUCCGCUUCGAGGAAAUCAUGGGGCACAUGCCCGACAAAAACGGGACGCAGCCGAAGAACUUCGGCCCGGCUCCGUAUAGCCCACCGAGCACGGUGAACGGCGCGGCUCCGUGGACGGGCGCAAGUGCGGACGGGUACCAAUUCCACCCGCCGGUGAGCCCCGGGCUGGCGGGCCAGCCGAUGCACCAGCAGGGCCAGGUGAGCCCGAUGGCGCAUGUCGCGCAGAACCCACUACCGGGCCAGAUGAACCACGUACCGACGUAUCCUCAGGGCCAGGUUCCGCAGACGGUGCAGAUGCAGAUGCCGAUGGGGCAGACGGCCCCAAUGGCAUAUACGACUUAUAUGAACGGGCAGGGGUUGCCCAUGCCCGUGACGAUGCCUCGGGUAUGAAGUAGACGGUGCUGGCUGUUCGACUGGCGAUGGGAGGAAAGUUUGCCACCACGACUCGCAUGCUUGCACGCACACGCACAUACAUACAUCUUGACUCCAUAUGCACAGGAUGAGACACAUACGAAACACGGAACACGGAAGAUCGCAUAACGCACAUGAUACGUAG